CUGAUUUCCCUCAUCAACGGUUCUCUCUGCGAAUUUCGGGGAUCAAAUACUCUUUCACAAAAAGGAGAGAAUUUAAGUAAUUAAUUAACACAACUUUUUUUCGUUGUUGUUGAAAAAGCUCAUCUUUUUUUUUUGAUAGUUAGAGUGAGCAAUGGCUAAGAAUGUGGGAAUUCUUGCUAUGGAUAUCUACUUCCCUCCUACCUGUGUUCAACAGGAAGCAUUGGAGGCUCAUGAUGGUGCUAGUAAGGGGAAAUACACCAUUGGACUUGGACAAGAUUGCAUGGCCUUUUGUACAGAAGUGGAAGAUGUUAUCUCUAUGAGUUUAACAGCUGUUACUUCACUCCUUGCAAAGUAUAAGAUUGAUCCCAAACAAAUUGGCCGUCUUGAAGUUGGUAGUGAGACUGUGAUCGACAAGAGCAAGUCCAUUAAGACCUUCUUGAUGCAAAUCUUUGAGAAAUCUGGAAACACUGACAUCGAAGGGGUUGACUCGACUAAUGCAUGCUAUGGAGGGACUGCAGCUUUAUUUAACUGUGUCAAUUGGGUUGAAAGUAGUUCAUGGGAUGGACGAUAUGGUCUUGUUGUCUGUACUGACAGUGCGGUCUAUGCAGAAGGACCUGCCCGGCCUACUGGAGGAGCAGCAGCAAUUGCUAUGCUAAUAGGGCCUGAUGCUCCUAUUGCUUUUGAAAGCAAAUUACGUGGAAGUCAUAUGUCCCAUGCCUACGACUUUUACAAGCCUAACCUUGCUAGUGAAUAUCCGGUUGUCGAUGGGAAACUUUCUCAAACAUGCUAUCUCAUGGCUCUCGAUACUUGCUACAAAUAUUUCUGUCACAAGUAUGAGAAACUAGAGGGCAAACAGUUCUCUCUUUCUGAUGCUGCAUACUUCGUAUUCCAUUCUCCGUAUAACAAGCUUGUGCAGAAAAGCUUUUCUCGUUUGUUGUUCAACGACUUCUUGAGGAAUGCCAGUUCUGUCGAUGAAAUUACCAAGGAAAAACUGGCUCCAUUCUCAACUUUGACCGGUGACGAAAGCUACCAAAGCCGGGAUCUUGAGAAGGCAUCCCAACAAGCUUCAAAGUGCCUUUAUGAUGCCAAGGUGCAACCAACUACCUUGAUACCAAAGCAAGUUGGCAACAUGUAUACUGCAUCUCUUUAUGCUGCCUUUGCAUCCCUUAUUCACAACAAAAACAGUGAAUUGGCAGGAAAGCGGGUGAUUUUAUUCUCUUACGGAAGUGGUUUAACUGCCACAAUGUUUUCAUUGCGAUUCCAUGAAGGUCAACACCCCUUUAGCCUAUCGAACAUUGUAUCAGUGAUGAAUGUAGCCGGGAAAUUGAAGUCAAGGCACGAGUUUCCCCCUGAGAAGUUUGUUGAGACUAUGAAGCUCAUGGAGCAUAGGUACGGAGCCAAGGAUUUCGUGACAAGCAAAGACUGUAGCCUUUUGUCUCCCGGAACAUACUACCUCACCGAAGUUGAUUCCAUGUACCGGAGAUUCUACGCAAAGAAGGACGGGGACUUUGCUGCUUGCGAUAAUGGUUCCGUUGCCAACGGUCAUUAGCGGACAGAUUUAUCAUGCCCCCAAUGCCAUGAAGAAAGCAUUUGUGUUAGAUGUGUUUGUGAGUACCAAAAUACUGGGUUCCUGUGAAUGUUAAAAAAGCAAAAAUAGUUUGAUUCAGCAUCAAUUUCAGCUUAAAUUUUCUUUUUUAUUUUAUUUUGUAAUAAGUUAUUUUUCUAGAGCCAGUUAUGUUAAAACCCAAAGCUAGUUGGCAAUCUCUUUGAUGAUAAUAUAAGAUAUUUUUAUUUCA